AAGAGGCAGAGAGAAAAAAAAACAACCCAUCGGAGUCCCAGCGUUAUCAACUGCUGAACAGUUCCUCGUCAUUUCACAAAUGACUGUUAGUGUGGAGAAUGGAGAAAAGCAGUUGUACUGACUAAGCAGAUUUAACAAGCUGCUGUAGCGGGAGUGCUGCUUCAUUGCAGGUUUCUGAAAAUGAAAAAUAGGACAAUAGCUGGUUUUUCCGUCACCAAAUGUUCUGCAUUUCAGUUCUUAAAAAAGCGGGUCCGAAAGUGGAAGAAGAGCGACAGAUUAAAAACAGAGAAAAUGUUGGUAAUAAAACCAGAUGAGCCAGAUUCCCAUGUACCCAAGACGGGCAAAGCCCCUGGCUUGGCAGCUCAGUCAUCCAAAGUGGAAUGUCACUGUUGCCAAGGGAAUACAACCCAUAAAUCCACUGGAUCGUGGGAACCCAAAUGGAGUUCCAAGGAAAAGAAGCAGUGUCAAGGUGAAAACCGGAAACAAGCAUCUGACAAAGCCAACACAAACAACUGCAAUCCAGCUUUUAUGAAGCAAAAGCGAAUGGGACUGAACGAUCUCAUCCAGAAACUAGCAGCCUCUCACUCCUACGCUUGCAAACACUCAGAAGUGCCAGCUAUGUUACACGCUAGUCCGAAGGAGACCGAAACAAAUGGAAACAGCCCGCCGUCCCCCCCGCCCAGCCCAACAACAGCGCAGAUAAAUCUGGGGCCGUCUUCCAACCCUCAAGCCAAACCAAGUGACUUCAACUUUCUGAAAGUCAUCGGCAAAGGAAGUUUUGGAAAGGUCCUACUGGCCAAACACAGGACUGACGACCAGUUUUACGCAGUAAAAGUCUUGCAGAAAAAAGCCAUACUGAAGAAAAAGGAGGAAAAACACAUCAUGUCAGAGCGCAACGUGCUGCUGAAGAACGUGAAACACCCUUUCUUGGUCGGCCUCCACUACUCCUUCCAGACAGCUGACAAGCUCUACUUUGUCCUCGACUACAUCAAUGGAGGCGAGUUGUUUUAUCACCUGCAACGUGAGCGUUGCUUCCUGGAACCUCGUGCCAGAUUUUAUGCUGCUGAGAUUGCCAGUGCUCUGGGAUACCUGCACUCCCUCAACAUUGUUUACAGAGAUUUGAAGCCUGAGAAUAUCUUACUUGAUCGCCAGGGCCACAUUGUUCUAACUGAUUUUGGCCUAUGCAAAGAGAAUAUUGAAUCAAAUGACACAACAUGCACUUUCUGUGGCACACCAGAGUACUUGGCUCCUGAGGUUUUGCACAAGCAGCCCUAUGACCGAACAGUUGACUGGUGGUGCCUGGGUGCCGUUCUCUAUGAGAUGUUGUAUGGAUUGCCUCCAUUCUACAGCAGGAACACGGCUGAAAUGUACGACAAUAUUCUGAACAAACCACUUCUGUUGAAACCGAACAUCUCCAAUGCGGCCAGAGAUUUGCUGGAGGGCUUGCUGCAAAAAGACCGGACAAAGCGAAUUGGUGCAAAGGAAGACUUUAUGGACAUCAAGGCUCACAUCUUCUUUUCUCCAAUAAACUGGAUUGACCUCAAUGCUAAGAAAUUGACGCCUCCAUUUAACCCCAAUGUGAGUGGACCUUCUGACCUGCAGCACUUUGACCCAGAGUUCACAGAGGAACCUGUUCCAAACUCAAUUGGCCGAUCCCCUGAUGCUGCUCUGAUCACUGCUAGUGUUAAGGAAGCUUCGGAAGCUUUUCUGGGAUUUUCCUAUGCUCCACCCAUUGACUCCUUCCUGUAGUGAAUCGUCAAAAUGAGUUAUCUGAUGGUGGUUUACCUCAGCUGAGAUCUCUUUUGGAUUUACUGCGAAAUGGGACUUAUCUGGAAGGAAAAUUGCGCAUACCAUUGGCAGCUGCCUGGCCUUCAAUUCCAUUUCUGAGGCAAUGAUGGAAGUCUUCAAGGAACACUGGUUGCCCAGUGUGUCGGGGAGAGGGCACUGCGGUGGCGCUGUGUGGCUGCACACUGGAAGAAAGUCCAUCUAUCAAAAGGGACGCAAUAAGAACCUGCUAUCAUCCCAUUAUUUCAAGAUUCUUCAUUUCCACCUGACUUGAAUAAGGAUGAUGGUUGUCCGAAGACUGUUGGUCCCGCGACAUGUGCCUUUUGCAAUGAGCAAGGUUGCAGGCAUUGGAUUGGUCACGUUCAAGUGUUAUCCCACAACAUGCGGCAAUGUCAACACCGCUGGACGUUUGGUUUUGGUAACAGCCGAUGAACUUAAUAUUCGUUCUUUGGUUUAAACUUUGACUUUGGGAGAUUUUGUUCGAUGCAGCAGGGACUAGGAAGAUGAGUUGAAUUGUAGAUAUUAUUCCACUAACUUAAUCGCUCUCCGAAGUACAUUAAAGAAAACCACAUGUGCAAGCAAACGGGAGGCAUGCAUGCACAGACACAUACUCUCGCACAUGAACACGUGCACAUACACGUGUGUGUGAGCACACGGGCACAUAUGCAGAUACAAAUGAAACAUGUACACACAUGCACAAUCUGAAAUGAUUCACUAUGUUAUGCUUGAAUCAUUGCUGCUAAAGGUAGAAUUAUGAAUUUUGUUUCUAGGACCAAAAUGCCCUAAAUAAAUGUGGAGUCUUGUCUUAUAACUUCCAACUGACUUGUGUGUGCUAGAAAUCCCAUUUGUGCAUAAAUUAUUUUUUUGUCUUCAUCGCAUUCCAGAUUUAAAUGGUUGUCUCAUUUCAGCUGCGCAUAUGUAAAGAAAUCUGUAUGAUGUGAUCUGUUGCUGCACUAGUUUUAAUGUGUAUAUUUAAGACAUUACCAAUAAUGUAAAUGGUUUUACUGUAUAAUAGACUAUAAUUUUAAUUUGGUUUGAAAUGUACACAUUCCUGAACUAAAGUUGCGUUUGCAAUAAAGUAAAACUAUUUAAAAAAUGUUA